AUGGGCUUUUUGUCAAAGCGGAGAAAUGCAUUUUUCAUGCAGUCUGUUCCUUUUUUGGGAUACAUCGUCUCGGCCGAGGGGGUGCGCAUGGAUUCCGACAAGGUUCAGGCUGUGGUGAAUUGGCCAACCCCAGAUUCCCACAAGGCCCUGCAGAGGUUUCUGGGCUUUGCCAAUUUCUACCGGCGGUUUAUUCGCAAUUUCAGCCAGCUAGCUGCAUCUUUGACGGCCUUAACCUCCACCAAGACUGCAUUCAGGUGGUCUAGCGCAGCAGAAGCUGCAUUUUCCAAACUGAGAGGCUGCUUCGUUUCAGCUCCCAUCCUCAUAGCCCCUGAUCCUUCCAGGCAGUUUGUGGUGGAGGUUGACGCGUCAGAGGUGGGGGUUGGUGGGGUACUAUCCCAGCGUUCCCCCACGGACGGCAAGGUGCACCCCUCGCGGUUCUAUCCCAGCGUUCCCUAG